AUGAGCCCCGAGCAAGUUCAUCCAGUGACAAGGACUGUCACUUAUGGCAGAUCUCAUGCUCUACAGACCAUCAACGUCACACCACUGAACACAAACCAAGAUGGUUACUGGGUGAUCUAUAUCCACGGUGGCGCGUGGCGAGAUCCAACAGUAACUUCCUCCGCCUUCGACAAAGCCGCGACUAUCCUGCGCAACUCUCCCGGCCUUCCAAUCUCCGGCAUCGCUUCAAUCUCCUACCGACUGAGCGCACACCCAGGCUAUCCCCAAGAUCCCUCCAAAACACCAUCCAAUGAAUAUCGUGAUGCGAAGCACCCAGAUCAUAUCCGCGACGUCGAAGCUGCUCUGGCAUUCCUGCAGAAUACUUACGGCUUUGGUCCCCGCUAUAUCCUCGUCGGUCACAGUUGUGGUGCCACACUAGCAUUUCAGGCUGUUAUGGGUGCUGUAGCGAACCACCGAGAGCAAUCGUUUAAUGGCGGGCCUGAUGAUGACGGGGCAGGUGCGCGGGUCUCGAUGUCCCCCGGUCCGUUGCCGCCUAAACUGUCGGCGCAUCCAGCGGCGAUUGUGGGUGUCGCGGGAAUAUAUGAUUUGCGGAGGUUACAAGAUACCCAUCGAAAUAUUGGGGCGUACAGGGAGUUUAUUGAGGGGGCGUUUGGGAGUGAUGUGAUGCUCUGGGAUGGGGUGUCGCCAGCGCAAAUGGUUGGGUCGCGAGGUGUCGAGGGUGGCUGGAGUACUGGACGCUUAGUCGUGCUGGCACAUUCCAAAGAUGAUGAGCUUGUGGAUGAGGGACAAGUCGAGGAAAUGCGAGAGGCGUUGAAAGGGUGGGAAGCGGGACAAGCUCGGAUUCCAGUGCGAGAAUUGUCGAGUCGCGGUAGACGCGUCCAGCUAUUGUCUAUCGAAGGUGAGCAUGACGACGCAUGGAUUCAUGGCGAAGGACUGGCACGAGCAGUCAAGUUUGCUUUUGUUGAAUUGCAGAAGAUGGGACUGGCACCUGAGCCCGAAGUAUUGGGAGACUCUAGCAGUAUAUACACAUAG